AUGUUGUAUUGCUGUGGGCCACUCAUUACAGCCGCAGAGGUGAUACUCAAAACACUCAAGAAGGCACACAACCAAGCAUUACGACUAAUUCCUGGUUAUGGGGAGCCCCACCUAUCAGCUGAUGAGAGAAAAACAAAGCGGUGGUCCUACAAUGGAUUGCUGGUCACUGUGGCAUUAAAGCUCGAACAAAGGAGAAACAGUCAGUUGGCACUCUCCGAUAUAACCGACUGGCCAGGAAUCGAAGCCGUUGCUAGAAGCUCGAACAAAGGAGAAACAGUGGACAGUGGCACUCUCAACAUACCCGACUGGCCAAGAAUCGAAGCCGUUGCUGAGUCUUACCUCGAAGAAAGGAGAAACAGUGGACAGUGGCACUCUUCGACCCGACUAGCCAAGAAUCGAAGCCAUUGCUGA